AUGGAGUCUCUCAAGGCGGUAUUCUUUGGGCCUGAUCCCCAAGCCCAGAUGAGGAAAUGCAAUGCCUUGAUUCGUUCAAACACUCGCCAACUGGAUCGUGACCUGGCCCAGCUGAAAUCACUCGACAGCAAGACCCGUCAAUUCAUCGUCAACGCAUCGAAGCGUGCCCAGCGAAAUCCUUCUCAGGCUAAGCAGGCCACAAGUGAAACCAAGACGUUUGCGAGAGAGCUCGUGCGGAUCCGAAAACAAACCGCUCGACUCAACACCAGCCGCGCCCAGCUGCAGAGUGUAGGGAUGCAGGUCAACGAAGCCUUCUCGGUGCGCAAAAUCCAGGGCAGUCUGCAUAAAUCGACUGGGAUCAUGAAGGAUGUGAACACGCUAGUCCGAUUACCGGAGCUGUCGUCUACGAUGCACCAGCUUUCCACGGAAUUGGUCAAAGCUGGGAUCAUUGAGGAAAUGGUCGGGGAUGCCAUUCCGGACAAUGAACUACUCGAGGACGAAGAAGAACUGGCAGACACAGAGGUCGACAAGAUUCUCGCGGAAGUCCUACAUGGAAAGCUUGCUCAAGCCAAGCCAGUCUCACCCGAAAGACCCUUAACGCCCGAGGUAGAGGCAGAGCCGGUCCCAGAGGAUUUCGAGGACCAAGAGGCAACUCUGGAACAGAUGCGAGGGCGGUUGGAAGCUCUCAAGAGCUAA